AUGAAGUCUAUCUCAACUAGAGGCCCGGUAGCUGUUGAUGAGAGUUUGCAGUCCUCCAAGUCGUCCAGUAGGAAACAAGGAUCUACCACUCUUAGGAGUCUUAAGGAGUCAUUCAAGUUUCGUGGCUCGAUGAGUCCCAAGAAGAAUAGUCGCCAAUCUGCCUCUACUACAGUCAGUUCACCUUCACGGAUACGAAGAAGCUCAAUUGACCGUCCCGAGCUCCGCAAGACGAAGCAGAGAUUCUCUGCUCAAAGGGUAUCGUUAUUCAAAUACGAAUAUGUUCGAGUCAGAAGCUAUUCCGUAUUAAGGAGGGACUCGAGUUCGACCAUUAGCUCUGACGCAACAAGAAGUAGUGACAACGCUAGCUACUCUAGCUGCAAAAGUCGAGGCAGCGUGAGAGUGAAGCCCACAACUCUAAUGGCAAAGGGAGUCCUAGAAGUCUACCAAAUUUAUACCCCGAAAGCUAGCCCGGCAGAGAAACAGCAGGAAAUGAAUUAUCUGUCUCUGGGACGCAAGGAUAACAUAGUUCAUCCGAUACUACCGCGGUUGCAGGUUACAAGGAAUUCAGGUUUGGCACAGCGUUUUAUUAUUCAUUUUUACAAUCCUGAUAGGUCAUGGGAAGUCGAAUUUCUAGAGUCAUCAGAAGGAGCUCCUGGGGCGUUCGAGGCGGUUUCGAAAGCCGUCAAGGAAUUUGAAUCCGUAAUCUCGAAAAUAUGCAAUUAUACUGUCGUGUCUGAAACUCCAGAGAGACGAAGAGCGGCAUUGAUUGAUGUUAAUGCAAUUCCAGAUUUAGUUGAGGAAACUAAAUCCAGGAAUGGGAGCAAUGUAAUAGAGGACAAGCCGAAGAGUGGAAAGAAAGGUCAGGACGAAGUCGACAAGGAAGAGGACGAGGAUGAUGAUCUAGCCUAUCUUUUAGAGGAAGGGAAUAAAGAAGUGCAAGAGAAAGAAAUACCCAACGGUAACCAAUCGACCAGUGCGGCCAACCGGGAAUCGGAAGAUAAUUUGCAAGAUGGCGCCAUCAAUGAAGCAUUUAAGAAGGCUAUGGAAAAUUUCAAACCAUCGUCAUAUCAUUCAUAUAGAGGUUCCAAGUCGGAAAAAAUGGGCGAGCACCAUUCGCUCAGAAGACUCAGCUGCUAUCAACCGCCCAAUUUCGAGGAACAGUCCUUGUCAUUAUCGAAAAGGUUCUCCUCUCUCGGGGCCAAGCGUUUCUCAUCGGUACCCACAUGGCAUAACUACGAGAUUCCCGUGAAUGUAACGAGAAGAGGCGACUAG